AUGUCAAGCAUGAUGGAAACCCUGUUUAUAAUCAUUUCUGUCAUAGAAUUUAUAACUGGGAUUUUGGGAAAUGGAUUAACUGUACUGGGAAACAGCAUUGAUGGGAUCAGGAACCAGAAGAAUCAGAUGUUAAGUUUUGACAUUCUCUGGAUAGGAUCCAACUGUUUCUGCAUGAUCUGUACUACCUGCUUUAAUGUCUUUUAUUUCCUGAAGAUAGCCAAGUUUUCUAAUCCCAUUUUCCCUUGGAUGAAAUGGAAAAUUCACAAAGUGCACCCCAUUAUUGUACUAGAGAUGAUUAUGGUGUUCAUAAUCUUCUUUAUAAUGUCACUGAUCUGCUUACUUCUUCUAAUCCUCUCUUUAUGGAGCCGCAUGAGGCCGGUGAAACUACAGGGUACGUAUUCUAGGGAUUUUAGCUCAGAAGCCCAUGAAAGAGCUACAAAAGCUAGGAUUUCAUUCUUACUCCUAUUUAUUAUGUAUUAUUUGAUAAUUGCCCAAAGGAUUAUACAGGUAGUUCCUAGUAGUGGUCAAGUGACCUUCAAAUCUAAAGGAAAAAAGCUGUGGCACUUCAUGGAGAAACCAACAGAAUCCUGA